AUGGACGAUUUGGCUGGCCUGGACUGGUCCCAGCCCGCCAAAAAGCCAGCUACAAACUCCCCCGCAGCCCUCCCACCCUUCCGCCAGAGCCCCACGCCCCAGCUCUCCGGCCGAUCUACUCCCCUCUCUACACUCUCCGCCCAACCCUCCGGCCUAGGUGCAAGCCUCGGCGCUAGCCAGCCUUUCAAGGCGCCCUCGAAACCAGCGACCCCAGCCAACGAUAGCUUUGCGAGUCUCGUGUCCUCAAGCAAACCAAAGGACGCAACCAGCAACCUCUCGUUGCAAGAGCGACAGAGGCAGAUACAGGAGGAAAAGGCAAGGCUCGAGACAGAAAAGCGGAAGCAAUGGGAUAGUGCAUUUGGCACCGCCGACGCCCAGCAGUGGAAUACCUUGGGAAGCGGGAAGAGCACACCAGAGCCUGCCGCCAUUGCUGCUCCUCGAGUCUCAAACAACCCAUUUACGAAUUCGCGUCUGUCACAGACUAUCAACAAGCCAUUUGCAGGCCUGGACACGAGCGUGAGACGUCCCGAGGUAUCCUCUCAUGACGAAGCCGACCUACUAGCAGCCUUCAAUUCGGCCGCUCCCGUAGACCGCUCAAGCCACUUUCCCGUUCCUUCACAGGACAGCGGUCGCAGCACGCCUGCACACGGCGCAAAUGUCUCCCGAGGCCAGACACCGCUACCACAGCCCUCCUCCAGGAACAAUGCGCUCAUGGACGACGACGACGAUAUGUUUGGGCUCAAGCAAAUGGCGCAAAAGUCGACUUCACCUGCACCUCCCCCUCCAACAAACGAUGCGGAUGACGACAUAUUAGGCCUGCUGGGUAAGCCUGUCUCGGAGUUUCAGCAGAAAGAGGAGCCUAGGUCAAUGCUCAAUCAAGCGCCUCCGGAGACUAGCCAACGUUCUUCUCCAGGCCCUCAGAAUGCGCACGAUAAGGCUGUUGCUGAGCUGGUUGAUAUGGGGUUUCCGGCUGAAAAGUCUGCUAUCGCAUUGGCCACCACUGAGUCUGGCUUGGACGUCCAAGCUGCGGUAGGCUGGUUGCUCAACCAGGCACAUGCAGAGGCAAAGCAGAAGACACAGAGCCGCGACCGAUCGCGACAUGAAAACGAGGAUUUUGAAGACCGCCCGAGGCGAGCAAAUAGCAGGCCCAACGCACGAGAGUCGUCAAGAGAACCUCGCGCAGGUGGAUCUCGGCCUGCUUGGAUGCAAGACGACGGGGCACGGAGUCGAUCUGCCUCGCGUAGGCAAGACGGACACGGCCAGGAAAAGGACAUGACACAAAUGGCUUCGGAAAUCGGCAACAAUCUGUUCAAGUCUGCAAAUUCUCUCUGGAAGACGGGUCGGAAGCAAGUACAGAAGGCCAUGGCUGACUUCCAACAAGAUGGUGAUCCCAACAUGCCAAAGUGGAUGCGGGACGCCCAAGCAGCCGAAGCCAAUACUCGCUCAGGGAGACAGCAGUCCAACAUGCAAACUGCUACAGAUGAGGCAAUGAUGUUGGAAGCUGGUGGUCGACCCUCUAAAUCUUCUCGGACGAGCGAGAUGCGCCAAGAGGCUGAGCCGUUGCCAGUUCGACAAAGGAGAGAGCAGGAAGUUAGUCGAAGCGGCCACCCUGAUCGCAUGUUAUCUCAAUCACCUUCUCAACGGCAGCAACCUUCGGCAUUAGACAAGCGACCAGCCAACAGGUUGACUCGUCAAGAGGUGGAAGAACAAGGACCUCAGGCAUAUGUUAGCCCAGCACGUCGGAAAAAGGCCACACCUCAGCCAGAACCGCAAGUAGACCUCUUCUCACCGGAACCCACAGCACCAAAGCAACCCUCACGACAACCCGUAUCGCCUCAGUCCAAGAAUCCUUUCCUUCAAGCAAACCCGAAUCCAACAAAGCCAAGUCCAGCACGCACACCAACUCCACCCAGGCCCAAAGCACCUCCGCGGCAGAUUCCGCCGGUGUCAUCUUCUGCUCUCAGCUCAUCUUCAGCUGACCGGCAAAAGGGGUCAGAAGCGUUCAAGCGUGGAGACUACUCAGCUGCUCAUGCCGCCUAUUCUUCCGCGCUCAGUCCUCUUCCCCAAUCUCAUCCCGUAACUAUAGUAGUGCUUUGCAACCGUGCAAUUACCAACAUCAAGGUCGGUGAUCCAAAAGCAGCGAUUGCAGAUGCAGACGCUGCCCUGGCAAUCAUUGGAGUGUCAAAAGGCGAGGGCGAAAAGAUUGCUACAGGUGGCGUAGAAGGAGAAAAAGAUAUGAAGGAAUUCUAUGGCAAAGCACUCAUGCGCAAGGCAGAAGCUCUUGAGAGCAUGGAGAAAUGGUCAGAUGCGCAUACCGUAUGGAAAGAAGCCGUUCAAAGCGGUGUAGGCGGCGCCGUCGCAAUCUCAGGCCGUAACCGCUGUGAAAAGGCCGCGAGCGGUGGUAGCAAUGCACCUGCUGCUGCAGCAAAACGCCCACCUCCAGCUCGCAAGUCAGCUGCCCCCAGAUCAUCUGCCAUGGCCGAUCUCGGUGGCGGUCCUGCAGCUGACUCGGAAGCCGUAAAGCGCAUGAAAGCCGCUAAUGCUGCCGCGGAACGUGCAGAUGACGAAAAAUUCGCUCUUACCGAUCAAGUUGACGCCAAGCUCAUCGCAUGGAAAGGUACAAAAGCAGAUAACCUACGUGCGUUAUUGGGUAGUUUGGAUAAAGUGCUCUGGGAGGAUGCAGGAUGGAAGAAGGUCAACAUGGGUGAUUUGGUCAUGCCUAACAAGGUCAAGAUUAUCUACAUGAAGGCUAUUGCUAAGGUGCAUCCUGACAAGAUUUCUCAAGACGCGACUACAGAGCAGAAGAUGAUUAGUGCGGCGGUCUUUGCUACCCUGAAUGAAGCUUGGGAUAAGUUCAAGGCGGAUAACAAUCUGUAA